UUGAGUUUUCAUUCAGGUAGGUAGAUGAGUGUGCAAUGUUAUGCAUUUUGAGCCAUGUCUCGAAAAGGAGAUCCCCUGGAAUUAUUCGAUAAAAUUGGCGGCCAUGAUCCUCAGCUGAACCUGGACAAAUGCCUGGUAAAUGCUUGCAUUGACGGUGACAUUGACACUGUCAUUGAUCUGCUGCAAAAGGGAGCAUCUGUUGAGGCAGAGACCUACACCCAGCAUAAUGCUUACUCUGGAGAGAACUACACUACCCCCCUAAUGGGGGCAGCCAAGGCCUCCAAGGAGCAGUACAAGAUUGCCAAGAUGCUGCUGGAAGAUGGAGCUGACGUGAAUACUGGAGAUAGAUACAAGGUCACACCCCUCCACACUGCCUGCCUUCACGGUCACAGCGACUGCGUCAGAUUGUUUCUUGAUGCUGGAGCUGAUGUCAAUGCUGGGACUGAAGACUACAACCGACCUGGUGUGUUUAAAAAGCCAUACAGCAAAGGAAGCACCCCGCUCCACCUAGCAGCCAAAAAGAGUCACAUAGGGUGCAUCGAGGUCCUCCUGACCCACGGCCAUGCCAACUACAACAAACGAGACUCCUACAACCUCACAUGUCUCAACUGGGCUGCCCAGAUUGGAAGUGAAGAGUGCAUUCUUUGUUUGCUGAGGCUGACCGAAGGGGAUAGUGUCUUCACGUGCAGUACACCUGGCACAGGUGACAUCCCGCUCCAUGACUGCGUCCGUCGAGGCUUGGUCAACUGCGUCAGAGAACUUCUCCUUCGAGGGGCGGACGUCAACCACCAAAACUCUGUGGGUCUCAACGCGCUACACUUUGCCUCGCUGCCGUCUGGAAACUUCUCCAUCGAGAUGAUGGAGACCCUAUUGGCCUAUGGUCGGGAGGUGGAUGUUGAUCAGCCAAUUGGAGGGACUGGUUCAUCUCGAUACAAUCAUGGAAUGACAGGUAUCAAACCACUGAAGUUGGUUGCCUUUGAGCCAAAUAUUGAUGUUCACCUGCACAACUUUCACACAGCUGAGUUUCGUCUCAGUCGCACCUUCAAACUCAUCACCUCCGACCCCAGCCGACCUACGCGGCGCCCUCAAUGCGCAAUCCAUCUCAUACAGCACGGCGCAGAUUUCAACCUCAGUUAUCGCGGACAGACGCUUCUACAGCAAGAGGUGUACAAUGAGGAUGGCGACGAUUCGGUGCUCACUGCAGUGGUGCGUGCCGCUUGGAUUCUCCCGGUUCUGGACCGGCCACCGGGGAUGCUCGCCGAGGACGUCAGCGAUAUCGCCAAGGAGAAGCUGAAGUGGCUUAGGGAACUUUUCAGCUCACCUAGGAGCUUACAGCACUGCUGUAGAGUUACUCUUAGAAAGAUUCUCAGCUGCAGGAAGCUGAACAGGGUGAAUGAACUACCCUUACCAACAUCGCUGCAAGACUACUUGCUUCUUAAAAGCUAGUUGUUCAAAUCAAUAACCGGAACUAAGUGAUGAAUAAGUUUUAAUGGUGACUGAGAGAUUUGCAAGAAUAGUGUAAACUUUGGUUAAAGGUAGUGGACACUAUUGGUAAUUACUCAAAAUAAUUAUCAGCAUAAAACCUCACCUGGUAACGAGUAAU